GCCGGGAAAUAUACACAUAACUAUAUUUACGUAAGAAAUUUCUUAUAAGCAAGAGAGGAUGGUCGUGAGAGGUCCAGGAAUACUUCUCAAUAAAUUCGUAGUCACCGGCGGAGCUUCUUAGCCGCCGCCGGAGUUGCAAGCCGUAGAAACAGACGGCUCUUCAGCAAAAGCGGAUAUUUUGCCGUAGAUAGGGGCGACGGAGCUUCGUCUCACCGUCGAAAUCCGUUACCUGUGGUAGAUAUUCGGUUGAUAUGGGUAACCUCGACCGCAACCGAACGAACGAGCUUGCGAGGAAGAAGAGAUCCCGCAAAGGUAAAUCACAUAACGGUUCUUCAUCUCAAAGCCGAGAUGAUUUUGAUACGGGUUACGCAAGGAGGGAUGGAGAUGCGAUGACCGACGAACAACUAGAACAAGAAUUGCACUGACAUAAUAGCCACUUUUCCAAGACCAGCCGACGAGCAUUGACGAAGAAGAGCUCGAGGACUACGAUGUGGAGAAAGUAGUUCCGGAGAUGGACACGGAGGAGGGUGGCGGCAGCCACGACGCCGACGAGCCUGCCUCAUCCCAAACAGGUACGAAAAAAGUAAAUCUGAACUAAUGCUUAAUAAUUUUGAUAAGUGGAAGGACCCGAAGACCGGGAAUUGGAACGCAACUUGCAAGUGGUGCAAAAAAAGUUAUAGCUUGGGUAUUUCUGGCGGAUACGGAUCUGCCGCAAGGCAUCUUAAGGCCAAACACACAACCUUUUGGUAAUUUCUCAUUCAAUGAUGCACAAAAUUUGGCUGGUAUGACUCUUACUUGUUGAAGAAAAUUUACCUUAUUUGUUUUCUGAAAGUCUUGCGUUCAAAGAUUAUGCACAAACUUGUUUAAAUCCUCAAUAUAGAGGUUAUAGUCGCAAAACGGUUAAGAAAGAAAUUUAAGGCUUUAUGGUGCAGAAAAUGUAAGGUUACAAAAUUAUUUUGCAAACUUUGAUGGCGUGUUACUGUAUGUUCUGACAUAUGGGAGGAUACUUAUCAUAAUUUACAUUAUUUGGAUCUGACUGUACAUUAUAUUGAUAAUGAUUGGAAUAUGCAUAAACGUGUUCUUGCUUUUCGUGAUUGAGCGUAUUUUAAUUGAGUAUAAUUUGAAUGAUAAGGUGUUUGCUAAUGAUUUUGAUAAUGCUACUAAUAAUAUUGUUACUAUUCCUAGAUUUCGUGAAUUGUGUGAUUCUACUUCUUUGAUGGGUAGAUUUUUUCAUCAACGAUGUGAAUGUCAUGUUAUAAAUUUAUGUGUGCUAGAUGGUCUAAAAGCGUUAGGAGAUUCUUUGGAGGUAGUCAAGGGGGGAUUAGACAUAUUUGGGGUAGUGGUCAACUUAGAAAAAAAUGGCAUGAUUAUUUGAUAGAAACAGGUGAGAAUCAUGUGGCUUUUCCUAAAGUUUUUCUUAGAUAUAAAGAACAUUUCCCUGCUUUUUUAAAACAAUAUGAUAACUAUAUUAUAAACUCGGCUGAGAUCGACACCUGCGAAAAAAUUUGUAAUGCUUUGGUAUAUUUUUAUAAUGCAACUGAAACUUUUAGUCAUGUUUAUAAACCUACCUCAAACCAAUUUAUUCUUGAAGUUGUUAAUCUCGCCGGUGCUUUUGCAAAUUUUGAGAAUGCCGAUUAUGUCAGUUAUUUGCUGAUUUUAUGAAGGAAAAGUUUUUAAAAUAUUAUGCACAUAUUCCACAUAUUUAUGGUAUUGCAUUUGUUCUCGAUCCUCGUUUUAGACUUGGUUCUUUAGAAGAAUAUUUGAAUUAUUAUAAUCAAGUGUUUUUUGGUCCUUUGCCAAUGUAUGACGAGAACUCAAUUGAUCCAAAAAAAGAAUACAACGAGGUUUGUGAUAUAUUUUAUGCAUUAUUUAAUGAGUUUCAUGCACAAUAUGACAACGUGCCCCCUCCCCCGACACAAACAUCUUCAUCUAAAGGAAAAUCAAUUUUGAAAUCUACAUUUGCCAAUCUUAUUAAAAAAACUAAAAUAACUCCCGCUACUCAACAAAGCACAAUUAAUGAGAUUUCUUUGUAUUUAACAUAUGAUGUUGAUUUUGAAGAAGAUGAUGAAUUUGACAUUCUAAACUGGUGGAAGGGAAAAGAAAGAAUGUUCCCGGUUUUAGCAAAGAUGGCUAAGCAAGUGCUAUCAAUGCAGAUUUCAACUGCUGCCGUGGAACAAGAAUUUAGUUCGGCCGACAAUGUCCUAACACAAUCUAGAACGAGGUUGAGCGCAGAAUCUCUUGAGACGCUUAUAUGCUACCACGAUUGGUUGAAGGCGGCCCGUAGAGCUCAAGAAAUUGGCAUCACCCCAUCCCAACACUUUAUGGAUGAAUCAACAAUCGAGGGUGGCUCUACCUAUGUCGGAGAUUCCGAUUGAUUAGUAUUUCAUGUUUUAAUUUUAUCUUCAAUUCUCAAAU